UGUGACAUUCAUGUGUGUUUGAUUUUAUAAUUGUGUGCUGGUUAUGUUUAGUUUUUUCUCCAUUUUAAUCAUGUCACUCGCAAAAGAAGUAUCGGUGUUACAGUUAGUUUCAGACGUGUUAAGUAUAAUAACAAUCUCAACAUGUUUUAUUUUAAAAAUACCACAAAUCUUGAACAUUUUGAAGGUUAAGAAUGCAAAUGGCAUUAAUCUUCUAGGAUUAUUAAUGGAAUUAUCAAGUUAUACUAUAAUGUUUUCCUACAACUUUCGAAAUGGGUAUGCACUUCUCUCAUAUAUGGAGUACCCUAUUAUUCUUAUACAGGAAAUAGUCCUAAUUUAUUGUGUGAUGUAUUAUAAAAAUUGUCUAAAUAUAUCUGGCUUGGUAGGAAGUGUUAUUUACACUUUAUUUGCGGCGGGGCUGCUUUUAGGCACUGUACCUGUAGGGAUAAUAGCUUUCCUGGUGCCGCUAUGUACUCCAAUAGGUGCUUCCUCAAAAGUAGUACAAUUAAUGGAAAUUUUGAGAUCAAAAAAUUCUGAGUCUGUUAGUGUUUUGACUUGGUUUAUUUCAGCAUUCACAAAUUUUACACGCGUUUUCACUAUUUCCAUGGACUCAGCAGAUUUAUCUCUUCUCUUAAAUUUCACCGUCAAUGUUGUUUUAAGUUCAUCUGUUAUGGUAGCGGCUUACGUUUACAAACAUCCUAAAAAAGACUAAGGUUGUUAGUAAAAUUAUAUUUCUAUUAUGUUCGGUAAGAUUUUGCAUAUAAAACUGGUAAAACUUAUAAAUAUGAAUGAAAUGCCAUCAUAGAACAACGGAUUUUACAGCAGACUUGUAAUGUGAUAGUGCACCAGUUUCACAAUUGGAGUGUCAAUAAUUUCGUUUUAGUUUUAGCUCAUUGAGUGUCAUUUUUUUUAAUUUCAUCGUUUUAAAGGGUUGUCGAUAUUGUGACACGAUUUUAGUGUAAACAUUGUGAUAGCAAUUCUUUCAGUAUUUAAAAAACCACCACUUGUUGUAUUUUAAUUCACGUAUAAAAUGAUUGUAUAUAAAAUUUAACUGGUUGCUUAAUUUUGUUACUACGAUCGAUUUGUUUUAUCUUUCUCGGAAUUAAAAUGUGGCGUUGGUGGGUUUUUAUUUCUGAAAGAGUUUUUAAAGGUAUAUCAAAAAAGAUAAAUAACGGGUGUUCAAAAAAUGUCAUGUUUGAAGUUGAUUGUGUAUCCUUGAACCCAUACUGUGUUGCAUUCUAUGUGACAAACUAUACUACAUAAUUAAUUAUUUUUUUAACUUUUACUUGUAAAAAUUAAUUUACAACCUACUUCAUAUAUUUCUAUGUAAGAGAAGUUGUAAAGUAAAUCCUAUACUCCGUAUUUGAUAGUCCGUAGUAAAAAACGUAAGUUGUCUUUUCUGUGAGACGAACAUAUAUAGAGAAAAUUCAGUACGAAAUUUCAAAAAAAACGUGGGUGUAUAAAAGUGAAUACAAAAAUAAUUGUAGUUUUAUAUUAUAUUUAUUCUUUUUUAAUCUUCCACUAAAAAUGAUUUUUGGGUACUUUUAUAAUGUUUGGGAUUUCGUUUUAAAUUUUCUUUGCUACACUCCAUGAGUCCAUGGGAGUUGUUUGAAUAUCAUUUAAUGUAAGCGAUUUGUAUAUUAUUGCCACUUUUUUCUUUUAAGACAUUUACAAGGAACUGUUUUAUGUAACCAAAUUAGAUUUGCUCAAUUCCAUAAUAAGUAAUAAUAAAUAAUCAAAGGAUAUUUUUGUUGUAUAUGUACAAGAUCUCCUAUCGAUUCGGUAGUGGAAGAAACACUCUUUUUUUAUUCAUUUACAUUUCACGGAAUAUUGCACACCGUAGUUUACAUUUAAAUUUUAAGACAUUAGAAAAACGAAUGGUAAUCUUACAGCAAACUUUUUGAUUUUGUUGCAAAAAACCUGAUUAUACAUUUUAAUGACUCUAAGAUUGGCACCACAAAGUUUAAGAGUUUCUGGCGCGCAUUGUAAAUUUGAAGUUUAAAAAUGGAAACAAAACUUUCAAUGAAACAAUCAACUACAAUAAUUUAAUGUUGAUGUAUAAACUUCCACUAUCGAAUCGUUGUGACGGGCUAUUAUUGCACUUCAUACAAAUAUUUCUAGUUCAUGUAGGUGAGUAUACAGACUGCUAUUUAUUAUAUUACGUAAAAAGACAUUUACUUGCAUUAAAGUAAUUUUUGUGUUAUGUUAGGAUUGUUAUAAAUUCUGUUGUUGAAUAAAUCUUUGGAAAGUUGAA